AAACAAAAUGGCGGCCACUACGGCAAACUGUAGUCCUCUGUUGAUGCGAUUACUUUCGGCAUCUGUUGCGGUUGCUAACAGAGCUGGCAAGAUAAUUAGGGAUAUUAUGAGUCGUGGAGACUUGGGUAUCGUAGAAAAGGGUGUUAACGAUCUCCAGACGGAAGCCGAUCGCUCCGUACAGAGAUGCAUCGUAACUUCCCUCUCGAGACAAUUUCCAAAAGUAUCGAUUAUUGGUGAAGAGGUGUUGGAUCCUCAAGAAACACUUGAUGAAGAAUGGGUCGUCAGCACCCUGGAUAAAGACGUAUUAACUAUUAAAUGUCCCCAAGAUCUACAGGCUGUGAAGGAAGAGGAUGUAGUUGUCUGGGUUGAUCCUCUGGAUGGAACAUCAGAGUACACUCAAGGACUGCUAGACCACGUGACAAUCCUCAUAGGAGUAGCAGUUAAUGGAAAGGCAGUGGGCGGAGUCAUUCACCAACCAUAUUACAACUACCAGAUCGAAAAGGAUCCCACCAAACUGGGUCGCACCAUGUGGGGAGUGUUGGGAGUCGGUGCCUUUGGAAUCGAGCGCAAGGAUCCUCCGGAGGGAAACGUCAUCACCACCACCCGGUCUCAUUCUAACGCGGCCAUUAAUUCCUGUCUGGAAGCACUCAAACCGGACAAUAUCCUCAGAGUGGGGGGAGCGGGACACAAGGUGAUUCUUCUCAUCGAAGGAAAGGCUCACGCUUACGUCUUUCCCAGUCCGGGAUGCAAGAAGUGGGACACUUGCGCUCCGGAAGCCCUGCUGCACGCCAUCGGCGGAAAGCUGACAGACGUCCACGGCAACCCUUUCGAGUAUCACGGUAAAGUCGAGCAUGUCAACUCGGGAGGCGUCUUGGCCACCUGCAGUGCCGGUAUCCACGAAUGGUAUCGCUCCCGCAUCCCUGAGGAUGUGUACGUCAAGUUGAACCCGGGGAGGUUCGUUCCCUACUUUUUUAGGUAUUGAGCCAAUUACCAUUCGAAGAUGUUUGAAUUUAGAUAUUAAUUAUUAGUGUAUUGUUAUACAUAAUGUAAACGAUGACGAUAUGAUAUUUUUGUAUAAAAUAUUCAGUAGGAUCAGAAAUCUGUAUUUUUUAAUAUUAAAAAUGUUAAUAAAAGUGUAAAAAUGAGUUUUCUUCUAAAUUUUAAAUUGAUCGCAUACAGUACUGUACGUCUUUGUUCUUAUGAUUUCAUUUGUUGCAGAAAAACUGGCAUAUUAAGGUUAACAUAAAAAUUAAAUGUUGGGUGUUAACAAAAAUACAUGUUGUACUUGUUUAUUGCAGAUGAAUUCUCUAGAUGCACCUGUCAAGUGGCAUGGUCGACGAGGCACAUGUUAUGGAGUGCCUAGUCUCGAGUUACGAGUAGCAACAUGAAUGUUAUCACAUGAUGCUACUUGUAGAUCUUGUCAAGUAAAACUCAUAAACUACAUGCAUCUGAAAUUUGAUACUAGGUUCUGACAAUGGCAACGUGAAGAUAUAUUAUAAUAUAACGUUUCAAAUAGUAGCUGUUCAGUUCGAGAUGAUU